GUAAGUGAUUUUGCUCUUCUCGUAGAAGGAAAGAUUGAUUUCACAAGUCUUCCUUUUGCACCACUAAAUACUAGUAGCAGAAUGUCUGAAACUAACGAGGAUGUGAAGCUGUCGUUGAAGGCGAUGAUCAACAAAGAGAAAAACAAGGUGCUCUUCGCAGAAGCCGACAGCCAUUUUGUCGACAUUUUGUUGAGCUUCCUGACUUUGCCGUUGGGAAGAAUCAUUAAAAUCCUCGACAAACACUACGGAGACGAGGCGCCUGCCAUUGGAAGCUUGAGCAGUUUGUACCGUAGCUUAGCAAAUCUCGACAGUGCCCAUUUCGUGACAAAGGGUGCUAAGCAGACUCUGCUCAAACCCAGAAGUUCAUUCGAUGAAGAAUGCGAAAGGCUGAAACUGGAUAUCUCUGAUUCGCAUCUUGAAUAUUUUCACUGUACUACUUGCUCUUGGGAAAUCUUUCGUAGUGUAAGCUUGUAUUACGAUAAAUGUAUUAGGCUUGAUUUUUUUUGCUCGGGCUGCUCUCAUUAUAGCAGCACCAGUACAAGGGUAGCUGAGAAGAGGCGUGAAACAGGUAGUGUUGCAGUCUUCACCAAACAAAAUACAUCUUUCAUAAUCUCUGAUGAUCUUCAGAUACUGCCAAACGAGAUGGGGAUUGUGGGAAUCGUCGCCUUUCUUGGCAUUACAGACAUGGAUAAGGCUGAGCUGAUCAAUGUGGAUUUAGGGUUCAAUGAGAUUAUGAACUUGUUGAUGACAUCCUUGACGUCCCCAACUCCACUGUCGGAUGUCAUCCUAAAUAAAACCAACACUUCAAUCUUGGAAUCUCCACCACUACUGCAGAAUGUUGCAACGGAAGAAAAUCCCAAAUCUAAGAACUUAAGUUUGAAAUUGAUGAUACAAAAAUCUAGUGGUAGGUUUUUGUAUGCUCAGGCUAAGGAAGAGUUUGUAGAGUUUCUGUUAGGUCUCCUUCAUAUCCCACUAGGAGCAGCUGAGUACCUUGUUGCUGGAAAGACUUGCAUUAAGGCUAUAGACAACUUGUAUCGGAGCGCAGCUGAUCUUGUCCUUGACAAGUAUUUCAAGAGCCCAGAUACGAAAAAAAGGCUAAUGAAACCCAAUCUGAUUCAUGGUUGUAUUUCUGAGAACUACAUUGUUCCCCUCACUCAAGAAUGCUUGCCUGAUGACUAUAGUUAUAAAAUGAAGUGGUUUCCUUCUUCUAUUAAGUUUCCCAAUGGCCAAGGAAGUUAUCUUACACAGCCUCAAACCUAUCGCGUGGCGGAUGAUUUAACUGUUACACCUUUAUGUAUUGUCUCCACCCUUUCCUCACUCAGAAAGCAGAAAAUCCCAAUAUCUGAUGUUGAAGAAGUGGAGCUCAAAAUUGGGUUGAAAGAGGCUGUGGGCAUUCUGAUAGCGUCUCUUACAUCCACUUCUGCUCUUUCUGAUGUUCUAUUGAGGCACAAAUCAAUCGAACAAGCAAAGGAGAAGUCUGCUGAGUGAGAACCAUGCUUUUGGAUCUUGUUUUGCUGCUCAUAUAUGUGCCAUUGUUGGCUUAAGUUGAUAGCUAUGCGUGUUGCUUUAUUUUAUUUCAACUAUGGUUC